UGAGCUGAGGGCUCCACACAUGCUGCUGACAGCUCUCCUCAGUCUCCUCCACCUUCCUGUCCUCGUGGAGCUCCUCCUGCACUGGUGACAGGAGAACAACAUGGACUUCUUCAGUAGGGUCUUCAGGUCAAGCAAGAGAAGCAAAUCGUCCUCCUCAUCUCAGGAACCUAAGACACCAAAAGAGGUGACUAAUGACAUCAUUGACUUUGAUACACCAAGACCUGAUGUAGGAGACGUGAAAUGUGUCACGGUCAUGAUAGUUGGGGCUGGAAGUCGUGGAAUGUGCUAUACGUACUAUGAUCUAAACUUCCCCAAAAGAAUGAAGAUUGUUGGAGUUGCAGAUCCUCGAUCAUGUACCAGAGAAACCCUUAAGAUGAUGCAUCAUAUAGAUGAAGAUAAAUUUUUUGAUGACUGGAGGGAAGCUGCAGAACUUGAAAAAUUUGCAGAAGCAGUGAUAAUCGCAACUCCGGACAGACUACAUAAGGAGCCUGCGAUAGCGUUUGCUAAGAAGGGAUAUCAUAUUCUUCUGGAAAAACCCAUGGCUGUUACCCCCGAAGACUGCUGUGAAAUAGUUAAUGCUUGUAAAGAAAAUGGCGUCAUACUUGCUGUUGGUCAUGUUAUGCGAUACCAUCCUGUUUCCAGAAAAACAAAGGAGUUGUUAGAUUCUGGUGUGAUCGGAGAUAUUGUCCACAUUCAACACAUGGAGCCUGUUGGAUACUGGCAUUUUGCUCAUUCCUUUGUACGCGGAAACUGGAGGAAUGAAGAAGAGAGCACAUUUUCUCUGCUUGCAAAGUCCUGCCAUGAUAUUGAUCUGAUAUGUUACUGGAUGGGAAAUCGAAGAUGUGUAAAGGUGUCUUCUUUUGGAACUCUGUCUCACUUUACUAAAGAGAACAAGCCCGAGGGCGCCAGCAGCCGCUGCUUAGACUGCACCGUGGAAGAAACGUGUCCUUAUUCAGCGCAGAAAAUAUAUCUGAAGAAAGCUCAACAGAAAUCCUUUGGCUGGCCUGUGUCUGUUGUUUGUAGUGAUGGGGUCCAAGAUAUUGAGUCGCUGACCCAUGCCUUAAAGACGGGUCCUUAUGGAAGAUGUGUCUAUGAGUGUGACAACGAUGUCGUCAGCAACCAGGUUGUGAACAUGGAGUUUGAAGGUGGACAGACGGCUGCAUUUACUAUGAUAGCGUUCACAAAUGAUCUUGGUGCAAGGAAAACCACAAUCUAUGGUACCAAGGGGGAAUUACGCUGUGCUGGAGGGAGUCCUAUUGAAGUGUUUGACUUUGUGAAUAAUAAGAAAACACUGUAUCCAGCGAAGAUUGUAGGAUUCAUGCCUAUGCAUCUGAGCGCACAUGGCGGUGCUGACUACUACCUCAUCAACAGUUUUAUUUCUGCAGUCGCUGAUAACGAUCCCUCUCUGAUUUUGAGUGGGCCAGAUGAUACCCUUCGAAGUCACUUGUUGGUGUUUCAGGCUGAAAAAUCGAGGAGAGAGAACUGUGUGGUGCACAUAGACAAGGAUGGACAAUGAGCAAUGAAGAUUAUCAAAUCUUGUCAAAUGUCCUUGAUUUUACUGCAAAAUGAUAUUAUAAAUGAGUAACAAUAGAAUAUUGCCAAUUAAUAAUAAGAUGCCUUAAAUCAAUUCUCAUGGUUGGCUGGUAUGAUAUGACCAUCAGGGGAGCAAUGUGUGCACAGUGUGGGCAGGAGGUCAUGUUUUCAAAGAUUAUUUAAAUGAUUGAUCAGGAUUAGAAAAAUUACCUGCUUUUUCCCCCAGAAGAACCUCUACUCUUGGCCAUGGUAUCGCAGUUCAGCCUACUAGAUUCCAGACAUACAGUACUAUUUGUGUACAUCUUCGUCUAGUGAUAGCUUUUGACAUAUGUACUUGUAGUACUACCAUACUUAAUUAUUUUAACGCUUCUUUCCCAGGUUAAACCACUUACACAAUCUUUAGAUCUAGUUUCAAUAGAGAGGCCAGAUGAGAAUAGGAAGCUAGGGCUGUGGCACAGGUUUGUCCUUUCCUUUGAAUCUAUGUAUCUAGAAGAAUGUUUUAUGCUUUGUAAUUGCAAUAAAUAUAUUGUAUAUACUGUAUGUAUUUAAACACUGAUUUUAAGCACUGUUACCAUGAGAUAAAUGCAUUAAAUUUAUGUCACU